UUCCGGUACAGACUUUUCCGCUUCGCAAUAACGAUGAUCUUUGCGAUUGAGGAGAUUAACAAUAACACGGAAAUUCUUCCAAACGUUACGUUGGGUUACUCAAUUUACGAUUCUUGUGGGAAGCCUGAUGUGUCCUUAAAAGCAGUCUUUGAGUUUUUAAACAGACUGGACGCAACGAAAUCCAAUUGUAUAAGAGCUCCCAUGGUUCCCGCUAUCGUUGGGGAUUCUAGAUCGUCAUUGACUUUAGGGAUCGCGUCAUUAAUUGGUCCCUUUAGGAUCCCUGUGGUUAGCUAUAUCGCCACGUGUGCCUGUCUGAGCAACAGACGUGAAUAUCCUUCCUUCUUCAGAACGAUCCCAAGCGAUUACUUUCAAGUGAGGGCCUUGGCUCAACUCAUUAAGCAUUUCGGAUGGACCUGGAUCGGAACAAUUAGGAGCGACGAUGAUUAUGGUAAUUUUGGGAUGCAGGCAUUCAAUGAAGAGAUGGAAGAGCUGGGAAUUUGCAUUGCUUUCUCUGAGGCUUUUCACAUAUCGUACCCAAGGGAGACAUUACUGCAAAUUAUAGACGUCAUAAAGAAAUCUUCAACAAAGGUAAUAUUAGCUUUCCUUGCACAAGCAGAUAUGAGUAUAUUACUACAAGAAGUUGUACGGCAGAAUGUCACUGGUAUACAAUGGAUAGGAAGUGAGGCUUGGAUCACCGCACCGGUUCUACACCCCAAGGAGAGUAAACAGUUUGUAGUCGGUUCAAUUGGAAUAGCGAUCCGAAAAGUGCAAAUACCAGGGUUGAAAGAAUUCCUCAUGAACACUCACCCGUCUCUUUAUCCCGGAAACACCCUGAUACAAGAGUUUUGGGAAAAAGCUUUCAGUUGCAAGUUAAGGAACGCCGAAAGUAACACGGUCGACUCCAAUGGGGAUUCGGGGAUUCGGGAAUGCACAGGGAAUGAAUCUCUACUUACAGCCCACAACGAGUUCAGUGAUGUGUCUGAAUACCGAGUGACGUACAACGUAUAUAAAUCGACGUACGCUAUCGCCCACGCUCUUCAUAAUUUGCUCAGCUGCCAAGAUGGGAAUGGUCCAUUUGCCGACGAGAGUUGUGCCAAUAUUUCAAGUUUUGAACCGUGGCAGCUUCUACAUUACAUGAAUACAGUAAAUUUCACUACAAAGAUUGGAGAAAGCAUCUACUUCGAUAGCAACGGUGAUCCGGUCCCAAUAUAUGACAUCGUAAACUGGCAGCCGACAGACAGCGGCGCUGUUACUGUAACAGUGGGACGGUAUGAUGGAGCGGCGCCCAAAGGACAUAAAUUUAUAUUAGACGAAGGGUUAAUCAUAUGGACGGGAGGACAAUCCACGGUUCCACGAGCGGUUUGCUCUGAAAGCUGUGAUCCCGGCACACGAAAAGCUCUCAGAAAAGGACAACCUAAGUGUUGCUAUGAUUGCAUACAAUGCCCCCAAGGAGAAGUUAGCAACACCACCGAUUCAACCGGUUGCCUUAAAUGCCCACCAGAGUACAAGUCCAAUGAGAAACGAAUUGAGUGCAUACCAAAAGAGAUUGAAUUUCUUUCAUUUAUUGAAAGCAUGGGGAUUAUCCUGGUGACGCUGGCAUUGGUCGGAUUCUGUAUUACAAUGCUGGUAUUUGCAACGUUCUAUACUCAUAGAGAGACGCCGAUUGUUAAAGCUAAUAACUCAGAACUAAGUUUCCUUCUUCUUGUUGCUUUAAUGCUUUGCUUUCUCUGUUCAGUUACAUUCAUCGGAGAACCGUCAGUAUGGUCUUGCAAACUUCGUCACACGUCAUUCGGUAUUAUAUUUGUUCUCUGUGUGUCUUGUGUUUUGGGUAAAACGAUUGUUGUUGUCUUGGCCUUCAAAGCAACUCUACCCAACAGUUAUAUAAUGAAGUGGUUUGGCCCAACCCAACAGCGACUGACUGUCUUGAGCCUGACUUCGCUACAAUGCUUAAUAUGUACCGUCUGGCUCGCUACGUCGCCGCCAUACCCUCGGAAGAGUACUGAACAUUUUACCGAUAUAAUAUUUUUUGAAUGCAACCUUGGGUCUGAACUUGCCUAUUACUGCGUACUGGGUUACAUUGGAUUUCUAUCCUGUGUGUGCUUUGUGGUCGCCUUUCUAGUUCGACAACUUCCUGAUAACUUCAACGAAGCGAAACACAUCACAUUUAGCAUGCUUAUCUUUUGUGCAGUUUGGAUUACCUUCAUCCCGGCCUACGUGAGUUCUCCUGGGAAGUACACAGUGGCGGUGGAGGUGUUUGCCAUUUUAGCGUCUGGUUAUGCGUUGUUGUUCUGUAUUUUUGCUCCUAAAUGUUACAUUAUACUCUUUAAGCGUGAACAGAACACAAAGAGACAUGUCCUGGGCAAGAUGCCUAGCGGAAAUAUUGAAUGA